GCGCCAUAUAAUAUUUCUGAGCCCUCGCCAAAAUGGCUGCAGAACUGUAGGAGGCAUUCUGUAGGCUCUGGGUCCCAAACGAAAGACACCAAACUAUCUUUGAAGUAUGUCAGUCUUGAAGUUAAAGUUCUCCUUCCAGAGGAGAGUGCGUUUGGCCCAGGGCCUCUGGCUCUUGUCAUGGAUGGCCAUGGUCUCUGGAGCCAUCACCGUUGCCAUGGGGGUCUUCCUCAAGACUGAACUGUUCCGCAGGGCAGAGGUGAUGCACAACAAUGACAUCCACAUUGUGCCCAAUCUGCUGAUGGCGGUGGGGCUGGCAUCUGUGGGGAUCAACAUCUGCGCUGGCAAAGUGUGCCAGGACUCUCUGGAUGCCUCACGGUUUCCACGCUGGAAGAAUCUCCUCACUCCCUUCUUCUGUGUCUCUAUAUUCUUCACCUCCCUGCUGCUGGUGGCCAUGAUAUUGAGCUAUGCCCUGCAGCCCAGUCUAGAGGAGUCUCUGAAAGUGGGCCUGAAGAACGGCAUCCGCUUCUAUAAGGACACAGACACUCCAGGCCGCUGCUUCCAGAAGGAGACAAUUGACCGUCUGCAGGUUGAGUUUCAGUGCUGUGGAAACACCAACUACAGGGACUGGUUUGAGGUGCAGUGGAUCAACAACCGCUACCUGGACUUCACCUCCAAAGAAGUAAAAGAUCGUGUGAAGAGUAACGUGGAUGGCCGUUACCUGCUGGAUGGCGUGCCGUUCAGCUGCUGUAACCCAGCCUCCCCGAGGCCCUGCAUCCAGUACCAGCUUCUGGACAAUGCAGCCCAUUACAACUAUGAGUACCAAUCGGAAGAGCUGAACCUGUACAGCCGUGGCUGUCGUCAGGCUCUGGUCAACUACUACAUGGGCCUGAUGAACACGAUUGGGCCUGGAGUCAUGUCUGUCUUCCUGAUUCAGAUGACUGUGCUCUUUAGCCUGCGCUUUCUACAGACAUCCAUGCAGGCAGUGGAGGGGCAAGAGAACGUGGAGAUCGAGACAGAGGGCUACAUCCUGGAGAAAGGAGUGAAGGAAACAGUCAAGGAGUUGCAAGAGAAGAUCAUGAUCUUCUUCCAGCAAGUGCAGGUGGACGUCGCCCCUCCAGAGACCGAGGCGGCAGCAGAGGAAGCAGCACCAGAGAAGGAGGCCACUCCCGCAAGCUAAAGGACAGGGACUGGUUGAAUAGAAGGUUGAAUAAAGAUCAUAAUUCUAAUGAUCAAACAUCUAAACAAAUAUAAGCAAAACACUCCUUAUUUAUGUUACAUCGUUAUUAAUGAUCAAUAAACUUGCCAUUACAAUUUCAAGAUAAUUUGAUGAAAAAAGUCAUUUAUGACAUCAAAAAUGUCUUGACCAUACUUUCUCUUCAUCCAAACAUAGUGACAUAAAAAUACAGAGAGCUAAGGAACCUGAAGGAAACCAUAGUGUUUCACAGUGGUAUAUGAAAGAGUGUGUAUAUGAAAGCGCAUGCUGUUUGUAGUCCCUCGUUCUGCUUUAUGCGUGGCUAUAAAGAUAUCAGUCUAGAGCAAAUGCAAAAGAAGCGUGAGAACAAUAAAGAUUUGAGUUUGUAUCUGCUUUGUGAUGUUACUGGGUGGAUUUUUCUAGUUUGUAAAAGUGAAUGCAAUGCUGUUUUUGAUUUGAAACUAUUUAUAAAGGCUCAGAGCCCCUCCCUUCUUCCUCAAGAGGGUUCGAAA